AUGGCAAUCACAGUCGGCGUUCUUGCACUACAAGGCGCCUUCCUUGAGCAUCUGGUGUUGCUGAGGAGGGCGGCUAGAGAAUUACAUGCGAAGACCGCUUUUGAAUUUAUAGAGGUUCGAAAUGUCAAUCAAUUGGCACAAUGUGAUGCUUUGAUCAUUCCUGGAGGGGAGAGCACUACUAUCUCAUUCGUUGCCGCGCAAUCAAACCUGCUGGAACCUCUGAGAGAUUUUGUCAAAGUCAGCCGAAAACCAACUUGGGGAACAUGCGCAGGCUUAAUUUUGUUGGCCGAGGCGGCUAACGCAACCAAGAAAGGCGGGCAGGAGUUGAUCGGAGGUUUGGACGUUCGAGUGAAUCGUAACCAUUUUGGUAGACAAGUCGAGAGUUUCCAGGCCGAUCUCGAUCUUCCAUUUCUCAAAGGAGACGCCUCUCUUUCGGAUAAUCCAUUCCAAGGCAUAUUCAUUCGAGCUCCUGUGGUGGAGAAAAUAUUGCCCAAUGUUGAGGGCAUCCAGCGACAGGAGCAAGAGUUGGCCGACACGGUGGUGGCACCAUCAAAAGCAGCUAAGGAUGAACGAGCCCGUUCAGCAAUGAGCGCCGAUGUUGAGAUCAUGGGCAAAUUGACUGGAAGGCUAAAGAGUGCUGCAGCCAGAGGACUCGAGAUACAUGCGGAGGAGGAGGUCGGAGACAUUAUCGCUGUGCGACAGGGCAAUGUGUUUGGAACCAGCUUCCAUCCUGAGCUAACAUCGGAUAUCAGAAUCCAUGUUUGGUGGCUGAAACAAGUUCUUGAAGCGACGAAAGAGGCUCAAUAA